AGCGGGUGUGUCCGCCCUCUUUAGUGGCGCUAGAAUGCUAGGUGUACAACCAGAGGCGUCGGAUACUCUGGGGCGGGCUCAGCCGCAUAGCACAAAGACCUCCAGCGUCGGAUGGGCUUACAGCACCCAGGCUGCCACUACACAGCCUGGGAUCGGAACGCGCCGCCCGCGUGGCCAGCUCCCUUAGGCGAGGACACGCCUGGAGCUGCCACCUCCGCGUCUGGGACACUCUGGCCCUGGGGCGCCCUCCUGUCGCCCAACCUCACGUGUGCCCCUUUGAUCCCCAACUACUGAAUUCCCGCUUCGAGAGCCGGGCUCUGGCGCUCUCCCGGAACCUCGUAGAUCGGCCUCAAGCCAGCCUCCUGUGAGCUCCGGGCGCUGCGCGGACCAGCGGGGCGGAGAAACAUUGGGGGCGGAUCAGAGCUGAGGGUGGCCCGGCCGCGAAUCUGCUAGAACGACCCAAGCACCGGAACGAGAGCGGAGCUGCAGACGGCUUGCGAGCCCAGGGAGCAGCGCCUCCCCUGCGGUCCUGGAGUGAAGACACAGAAGCUUGUGCGUUGGGCGCGGGAUGCUCAGGUUUCUGAUGGAGCUCAGCUGCUGUACACUACGGGCACUGGCAGGGUUGCCCUGACUCACCAAGCGAGAGCUGAGUGUCGGGAGACAGAGAAACCUUCAGCUUUACAGACAGCACCUGCGGAGAUUCCGAGCAAUGCUGCUCACAGCGUUUCAUGGCCAGGAGAUUGUGAUGGGGGUCAUGGAUGAAAAUGCCACCAACGCAUCCACUACCUUCCUUUCCACAUUUGACCUUCAGGGAGCCCAAACUGCUUCUGUCCCAUUCAACUUCAGCUAUGGUGACUAUGACAUGCCCUUGGAUGAAGAUGAGGAUGUGACCAAUUCCCGCACUUUCUUUGCCGCCAAGAUUGUCAUUGGCAUGGCCCUGGUGGGUAUCAUGCUGGUCUGUGGCAUUGGCAACUUUGUUUUUAUCAUUGCCCUUGCUCGGUACAAGAAGCUGCGCAACCUCACCAACCUGCUCAUUGCCAACCUGGCCAUCUCUGACUUCCUAGUGGCAAUUGUCUGCUGCCCCUUUGAGAUGGACUACUACGUCGUGCGCCAGCUCUCCUGGGAACAUGGACACAUCCUAUGUGCCGCUGUCAAUUACCUGCGUACUGUCUCUCUCUACGUCUCCACCAAUGCGUUGCUGGCCAUUGCUAUUGACAGGUAUCUGGCCAUCGUCCACCCGCUGAGGCCACGGAUGAAAUGUCAGACGGCCACCGGCCUGAUCGCCUUGGUGUGGGCUGUGUCCCUCCUCAUCGCCAUCCCUUCUGCCUACUUCACCACUGAAACCGUCCUGUUCAUUGUCAAGAGCCAGGAGAAGAUCUUCUGUGGUCAGAUCUGGCCAGUGGACCAGCAGCUCUACUACAAAGCCUACUUCCUCUUCCUCUUUGGCCUUGAGUUCCUGGGUCCAGUGCUCACCAUGACGCUGUGCUACGCCAGAAUCUCCCGAGAGCUGUGGUUCAAGGCAGUCCCUGGCUUCCAGACGGAGCAGAUUCGCAAGCGGCUGCGCUGCCGCCGGAAGUCGGUGUUGGUGCUCAUGGGCAUCCUCAUGGCUUACGUGAUGUGCUGGGCGCCCUUCUACGGCUUCACCAUCGUGCGUGACUUCUUCCCCACUGUGUUCGUGAGGGAGAAGCACUAUCUCACAGCCUUUUACAUUGUCGAGUGCAUCGCCAUGAGCAAUAGCAUGAUCAACACCUUGUGCUUUGUGAGCGUCAAGAACAGCACCAUCAAAUACUUCAAGAAGAUACUGCUGCUCCACUGGAAGACUUCUUACAACAGCAACAAAUCGAGCGCUGAGCUUGACCUCAAGACCACGGGCAUGCCUGCCACUGAAGAGGUUGACUGUAUCAGACUGAAAUAACUCCCUGGGCCCUGGCCAGGUUUAACCAGAAGGGAAGAUCUUUGAGUGCUGGCUAGGAGUGCUUGGACACACAACCUCAACCAGGAAUCGUUGGUUUGCUGUGAAGGCCAGAGGAAAUGGAAACCAUGUGGAUGCUGUGUCCAAAGGAUGCUGGAUUUCCCUCCUUGAGGUGACCAGACAUUCUCCCAUGGCAAACACUCAUUGAAUGUCUGAUAUGUAGUAAGGGUGGGCACUGGUAGAGUCAACAUGUGCUGUUGCUAUUUAGCUGGCAACAUGAUUAAAGUAGAUUAAAGCAUGGAAAAUGAAUGGAUAUAGAUAGUCUGAAAGAGAAGAGAACCAGAGUAGACAUCUGGGACCCCAGGCAUGUUUUUGUGGCAGGAAGGCUUCUCUGGGCUCUCCCAGCGACUUGACAUACUCUGGUCUAGCCAGUUACCAGGGAUGCUUGGUCUGAGUUCAUGCCUAAAGCUUGCAAGGCUGGAAUAAUUCAAGAGACUUCUGGCUCUUUGCGCUGCCCCUCUCAUCUCUGUUCUGCCUAUCACUGUGAGGAGACUUGCAUGCAUGCCCAUCUACACCCUAGUUAUCAUGGUCAAGUUCUACACAAACUCUCUCUGCACACUCUGUCCCCCUUCAAACCAAUCGGUUGACACAUAUAUGGUGAGACUUGUAACCUUGAGGGUGGACUUAGAAAAGAACCUUACAGACCAUAGGCACCACUGAAAAAUUAAUGGUGGGUUCUGGGCAUCUGAAACAAGUGUAUAUGGGAAAGCCAAGGUGCAGGGUGUGCAUACCCACUUGGUUCCUGGGACUUUUUGCCCCGGAAGAAGAGAGGUGCAGGUGCAGGAGAGUGGAAACAGCACCUCUGGCAGCAUGUAGGGCUCAGGUCAGGGCCCCAGGUUCUCUAGCUGAAAGGAUGGUAUACUCUCCCCUCACAGUUACUCUGACUUAGACCAGAUAGUCUUUUCUUAAAUUCUACCCUUCCUUAUAAUGUCAUCAAGCCUGGGAAGCAAGGAUUCUUUGACAAUAGACGUUACACUAUAAGCAUGGAGGUGGCCAUAGCUUACUUUUCCACCAUCUCUCAAACAUGAGCAAGGCAGAGCUCCUUCCUUGCCAACCAGCCUGAUAAGGUACUCUCUCUGGGACCAUGGGCAGGCAAGAUGUGUUUGCUAUUGGUGCUGAAUCCUCUCUUAGUCACAAUUCCUUUGCAGUAAAACAUGUUUCUGUUUUAAAAUGGAAGAAACACUUAAAAACAAAA